AUGAAGAUCUUCAACGACCCCGUUCAUGGUCACAUUGAGCUGCACCCCCUGCUGGUGAAGAUCACAGAUACUCCUCAGUUUCAGAGACUGAGACACAUCAAACAGCUAGGAGGAACAUAUCUGGUGUAUCCGGGCGCUUCCCACAAUCGCUUUGAACACUCGAUUGGUGUGGCGUAUUUAGCAGGAUGUCUGGUGAAGGUUCUUCAUGACAAUCAGCCCGAGCUCAAGAUCACCAAACAGGAUUUCCUGUGUGUUCAGAUCGCUGGUCUGUGUCACGACUUGGGUCAUGGCCCACUUUCUCAUGUUUUUGAUGGUCUGUUUAUCCCUGAAGCCAUAAAAGAAAAACAACUGAAAGGCUUGUCUGAUGACAAAAUACAAGAAAAAAAAGAAUGGAAGCAUGAGCAGAUGUCAGUUAAAAUGUUUAAUAAAAUUGUGGAGAGUCUGAAGGCUAAGAAUGAAGACGUGUUGAAAGAACAUGAACUAUAUGAUAAAGAUGUCACCUUCAUUACAGAGUUAAUCAAAGGGGCAGAAAAGUCAGAUGUCAAGUGGCCAUACAAGGGCAGAGAUGAAGACAAAUCCUUCCUGUACGAGAUCGUGGCAAAUAAACAGAACAACAUUGAUGUGGACAGAUGGGACUAUUUCACACGAGACUGUCAUCACCUCGGCAUCCGAAACAGUUUUGAUCAUCAGCGUCUGCUGAAGUUUGCUCGAGUCUGUAAAGUGAACGGGAGAAAUCACAUCUGCUUCAGAGACAAGGAGGCUGAUAAUGUUUAUGACAUGUUUCGCACCCGAUACACUCUCCAUCGCCAGGCCUAUCAGCACAAGAUCUGCAACAUCAUUGAAGACAUGUUCACAAAAGCCCUCAUAAAAGCUGAUCGUGACCUUCAUAAAGACAAACCAGAGGAUAUGUUCACACUUUCUGAAGCCAUACACAAUGCUGAGGAAUACACCAAGCUCACAGAUGAGAUUUUUGGGCAGAUCUUGUCCUCCGAUUCUGAUAAGCUGAAGGAAUCUCAAGACAUCUUGAAAAAGAUUAUCAACAGAGAACUGCCAAAGUUUGUGGGAGAAGCUCGAUUAAUGGAAGAAAACAAAUCAAAGAUGAGUCCUGAGCAAAGAAGCACCAAAACACAAAUGCAGGAAAAGCUGACAGAAACAUGGAAGAAGGCAGUAAAGAAGUACAAACCUACUGACUCUGCUGUUUCUCUGAAGGCUGAUGAUUUCUCAGUUUAUGUGGUUGAUCUGGGUCACGGCACGAAGGGUAAAAAACCCUUUGACAACAUUUAUUUCUACAGCAAAUGGAACAACAAAGAAGCCUCAUGUAUUGAGAAGUAUCAGCUGUCUAGUUUCCUGCCAGAGACCUUCACUGAAGAGCUUGUUAGGGUGUACUGUGACAAACCUAAUGAGAACAGGGUGGAGGAGGCUGAUAAGUGCUUUAAGGAGUGGCGCGAAUCAAACUUUGGACUCUAAUUCUAUAAAAUGCCCAUCUAAAUCUCUGUAAGCCCAACUCUGGAGCAUUUGAAAGCAAAGUCCUUAUUUUGUGCUGCUGGACUUAGUGAGCUGAUAUUAAUAUAGUUGUACUUCUUUUAGGUGAUAUUGGGCAGCCAGACCAAAAUCAAGCAUUCAGCAGUGCCUUUUUUUAUAAAGUGUGGAUUUAAAAAUGUAGCUCACUUCUUUAAGCACAAAUGAUUUUCAGAAUGAUCACUAUUCUUUUUCAUGUUAUGAAAGCUCCAAAAUGACAAAAAAGAACCAAAAAGAACUGAAAAAUUAGCCCAAAUGUGUGCUGUAUUCCAAGACUUCUGUUAAAAUUUGAACCAGUCAUUCAUUCGUUAUUCAUUUAAAAAAAAAUAACUCAAAGUAUGAUGGUGUACUAUUGGCCAUAACACUUUGAAUUUAAUUCUUGACAGCCAUAUUCACCAUCAAGCAGAUCAGACAUUCUGCUAAAGAUCACCAGCAUCAACUUAAUCUGUAAUUCCAAAAAAAAAAAAAAUGAUUUGAUGACUAAUGAAUGGUUUACUGUGUGGCCCAAACAUUUUUACUAGGAUGCUUUUUAAUCAAAUAUUAAGUUAUACACUGAAUUUGCAAUAAUUAGUUUAAUCACUUAGCAUAAAUAGAAUCAGAAAAUGUUUUAGUUCUUUCUUCACAAAUAAAGUAGGACAUUUGUGUAUAAAGACAGAUUUAUAGUAUUGCUUAAGCAGCUCUAUUUGCUUGUUGCUUGUGUUUAUAAUUCCUACAGUGUGGUGCUGGAUGAUGGGUAUAUACAUACAUAUAUUACAGUAUAUUAUACAUUAAUAGGUUUGUUUGGGGAAUGAUAAAUGAAUUAAUCAUUUUACAUUAUAUUAUUUCUUUUACUAUGUGUGCAGAGAUUUGAUUAGUAUUGUUGUGAGUAAUUUUGGGGGUUAGUUUUAGGGAUGAGGUUUAUCUGAAAUUAUUUGAUUUCAUUAAUAUUUUACCUUUUCCAGUGAUGCAGGAGUUCAGUUAUAUCUCUUUACUGUGAUUACAACAUUAGUGAUAUAUGGAGAAAAACAAUUGCUUGUCCUUUUAUUUAGAAACUGUAUUGAAUCAGCAGCAGUUGUGAAGCAAUUAUUUAUUAUCCCUUAUCUAAUCAAUGUAAUGGUACUGCUUUUAUUUUGUGUCUGUGUUUUUCAUACAUUAAUGAGAGUCUCUCAGGCCUUUAAAAAGCCAGUCGGACACAGACUUUGGAACGAGGGAAUGAAGUAAUAAACAUGCAGGUGCUGG